AUGGAGGCUUUGCUUGAUAGAUGCCUCUUUACCAGGGCGUGGACUGAUGCGAAGGUAGAAGACUUGGUGGAGUAUGCUGGUACCGGAAAAGCGCGUCUGUUCCGCACCGGGGCCUUUACCUCUUUUGACGUGAAGGAGUCACACCAGGGGGAUGUGAAGUGUCUCCCCACUGGAGCACGCACACUUCUUCUAGAUGCGGAAGUCAGCAAAGUUAUGGUCCGUGGUGUGGAUAAGUUUUUCGAUUUUGAGGAUGUUGAAACCAAAGAGCUUAGCAAGGACCAACUAUGGGAGCUGGGUCCUGUCUGGUUGCAGCGAAAGAUGGCCGGCUUUACAGUCACCUUGUUUUCCUUGGACGGUGAGUCUGUCGGUGUUUCCACAAAACAUGUUGUGGAAGGCUCCCAUGUUGAUUUGGCUUUGGGCGUGUUGAACCGCUCGUUGUCUGUCGCGCAACAAAAAUCUCUUGCUGCUGACCUCUUCUUGACGGAAGCUGCGGUUAGCUGCGAAUGUAUCUCUCUCAAUGACGAUCUGGGCCACCCUGUACUGGAACGAAGUGAAUAUGACAACAUGAUGGUUAUUUUCUCGAUUCAUAAGCGGAACGAUCUUCGGGAGAUUGCGAUGCCUGUUGAGAAGGUGCAAGUACUGGCCGAGCGGUGGGGAUUACCGGUAGUGCCUAGUUGGCGUGCCAGGGAUUGUGGAGAGCUGCACCUGUGGCUACAACAGAGAGAAAAAUGGUUGGGAAAGGGCCCAGAUGGAAUGCCGCUUGCCGAGGGAUAUGUUGUACUUGUUGAACUGCCUGUAACCCGAAUCGCAUCAUGGAUUGUGCUUGAGGAGCCGUUUACUGUGGCUCCGCUUCGCCUGAAGGCAAAGACGGUAAGGUACCGCGUUCUGCGCUCUCUGCGCUCCAUUGCCUCAGAGGAAUCCAUGGAGAGUCCAAAACUGUUUCAUGAGGUCCUUGCUGCGUGGUCAGAGCACAUUGGUGGGUAUAAGUGUUUUAGUGAGGCCGUGCUUGAACUUGGGGUAUGUAAAAUUGCUUCACAAUUUGAGACCUACGUCUCCUCGCACAGAAGGGCGAGGCUUCGUGAAGGCCAUAUGAGCAUUGGACGAGCCUUUGAAAGGCUUGUGGAGUUUACAGAAGGAGAGGUACGUGUAGGGCGACACGCGCCGUUGAACGUUAUUAUGCUGUGUGGUAUUCCAGGGGCUGGUAAGACCACUCUGACUCAGACCCUUGUAGCGAUGGCGGGACGUGGUGGGUCGCCCUUCCGAUACGUAAUCAACCUCAGUAGGGAUCAAGUUGCCAAGGAGGUUGCCGCACGUGAGGGCAUCGAUGACUCUUCCAGCAAACACAAGAGGAGAAAACUAAAGGCAAUGGUGCACCGUGCACUGUUAGCAGCGGUGAACUGGGCCGUGUCGCUUUCGCUUCUGCAAGAUGGUCCUGGUCUUCUUAUUAUGGAUGCUUGCCAUGCCAAGGCUGAAACGCGGCGUGUAUGGCGCGCGAUUUUGCCCAAAAAACUUGAAAGUUUUCGUCUGAUUUAUGUGACCUGCGCAGAUCACUCCGAGCUUUUGCGACGCCUUGCGAAACGGGAGAAGCAUGACGUGCUUCACAACGCUGAAGAAGCCCAGGCCGCGCUUUACAUGGUAAAAAAGGUGUUUGUUGCGCCUUUGGAAGACGAGCCAUGUGUGUGGUUGGAUACCGCAACCACCUCAGCGGAGGACAUGGUCCGAUACAUCUUCUCUCUGUACAACAUGGAGACACGGCGUCAGUCUGUUAUCUACGAUUACCGGGGAGCUGAAGAAAAAUUGAUGACACUGCGGGCUGUUCUUCUUGAGUCCAUUGUUGGAUCCGUUGGCGAAGGGGCCUUCACACUGCCUGUGAAGAACGCCAAACGCGUAAAAGCGCCAAACGCUAUUUUAGUGCGACUGGAGAUGUCUUGGGAUGAGUUGUUUCAAAUUGUAUCGGAGGCCAUCAUGACCGCGGCAGUCACGGACUGCUCGAUCCUCAGCUGGUGGGAAAGGUGUAAACGUGCGCUUGGAAUGGGGACGAGAAGACGCAACUCAAUCAUUGAAAAUGGACACACACGUUGGAUUCAUGGCUGGCUAUUUGAUGGAUGCGAAGAGGGCAAGGCACUUCCUGUUGAUGCCUGGCGUCGCGCGCUCUCCGAGCGUUUUGAUUGCCGCUCUGCGACCCCACAUGUGACAAUUGCCUAUGAUGCUUCCUAUGUGGAGGCAUCCUCAGCGAUUUUCAUGGCUGGCAGCAUUGCCGAGGUGACACUUACCUCUGUUUUGUUUGAUCGUUUUGCCAUUUGUUUGGGCGUCGUGGUUGUGAUAGAUGGACGGUGCUACGAGAAGCAGCUUGAUUCAUCUGACGCUGUGCCGUUGCAUGUGACCGUGUGUCACACAGCACACGUAAAAUCCUCGUAUGCGGGAAAGAUGUUUGAUCUUUUUAUGGGGUGGGGACGUCACAACGACGAACUCCAGCACCUAAGGAGUGGCGCAGUGGUGAAGCGAAGUCGAUCAAAGUUUCACAACUUUCUGAAGCUGCGUCUGGAGAACUCCAUCUCUCUGCGGGGGGUUAUUCAUGUCGAAACGUGA